UUAAUGUUGCUUACAAGACGCUGAUAUAAACACUUUGGUUGUACUAUAGUUGAGCCAAAUCGACUGAAGUUCUCUAUUGUUGGUAUAUAUUAUUACUGUUAACAUAAAUUAUACGUUUGAAUAUUAAACUGACGCAAGAGUGUAUUAUGAACGAUCGAGACAUUGAAGCUCAGGAGGAUGAACUGUUAGCUCUGGCGAGUAUCUAUAGUCAGGGAGAGUUCGCUCGGGCUGGUUUGGGUGGGGAAAUCCGUGUCUCUCUGGAUUUACCUCUGGACUUUAGCGUGAAAGCAGGAGACAGAAACUACGCGAUAUCUUUUCUGCCGCCUCUGUUACUGAUCUUUGACCUACCGUGUGAUUACCCUUCCACGUCAUCCCCGGAAUUUAUCCUCACCUGCCAAUGGCUCUCUCAUAGUCAGCUGUCAGCAGUGUGCCGGCAUUUGGAUAAGAUAUGGCAGGACACUGUGGGAAGUGUGGUUCUGUUCUACUGGGUGAAGUUCAUCAGAGACGACCUGCUGGACUUUCUGCAUAUCCAGUCACCUCUGGAGAUCCCGGUCAGUGGUCAGAGCCAGGCCACUACUUCCACUAUGGGCAGCACAGCUGGGGAUUUAGAGGGGGCUACAAUGUGCAGUGAGGGGGCUGCAGUGUGCCGUGAAGCAUGGGACUCUGAGGGGUCUGCAGUGUGCAGUGAGGGGGCUGCAGUGUGCAGGAAAGCUGGGGACUUUGAGGGGGCUGCAGUGUGCAGUGAGGGGGCUGCAAUGUGCAGUGAAGCCCGGGACUCUGAGGGGUCUGCAGUGUGCAGUGAGGGGGCUGCAGUUUGCAGGAAACCUGGGGACUUUGAGGGGGCUGCAUUGUCCCAGGACCCCAGGGCCCUUUCAGUGUUGGCCACAGACACAGACCACCUGCGUCAGCUACUGGACUAUGAUGAGAAGGAACGUCAGAGGGUGUUUGAUGGACAGGCGCACGACUGCGGGAUCUGCUUCAUGAGCAGGUUAGGCUGUAGUCAAUUCAGAGAGUGUGGCCACAUUUACUGCAACAAAUGCAUGUCGGAGUUCUUCGUGGUCCAGAUCGAAGAGGGAAACAUCCAUGGCCUGACGUGUCCACAGCCUGACUGCAGCUCCACAGCCACGCCGUCACAGGUGAAGCAGCUGGUUGGGGUGGAGCUGUUCACCCGCUACGACCGCCUCCUGCUCCAGUCCACGCUGGACCGCAUGGCUGAUGUGAAGUACUGCCCUCGUCCGACCUGUGCCGCCCCGGUGAUUCUGGAGCCGGACAGCACGGCCGCCGUCUGCCCCCAGUGCCGCUACGCCUUCUGCACACUCUGCAGUAAGACCUACCACGGCACCUUCAGCUGUCAGCUGACAAGAACCACCACGACCCGCGCCAAUUCCUCCUUCGCUGCCCUGCCUCGAUCAGACGCUGGUCUCCAGGCCCUAUGGGAAGACUACCACACGGGCAGCAGGGAGAGGAAACGGAUGCUGGAUAAGAGAUACGGGAAGCACAUCCUGAAGUCGGUGGUGGAGGAAGCCAUGACCAUCACCUGGAAGGAAAUAAACAGCAAGAACUGUCCCUCCUGUGGUGCCGUCAUCCAGAAGGAUGGUGGCUGCAACAAGAUGAUCUGUUUCGCAUGCGGCCAGCACUUCUGCUGGCAGUGCCUCGAGCGUAUGGGGAGUAAGAGACCUUCCACUCACUUUCGCGACCCAAACUGUCCCUCCCAUGGCUUCUGAGGUUCUGCUUCGGUUCCAUAACACGUCGCUUACACCUCGUCCAGAUUAGAUCAUGUUUUGAAACAAUCGAGGUUACGCUGUCUUUAGAGUCCCCAUGUACGCUGUCUUUAAAGGCCCUCAUGUAGGUGCUCUAAAGAUAUUCAUACUAGCAACAUAAUACAUGUUAAUAAGCAAACUGCUCGCUAAGGGUUAUGGUUAAGGUCAGGGUUAGUAGACCGUUAGUUGAAAUGUUACUGGUCAUGUAUGGAGCAUCCACAAUUAAGUGUUACCCAUCGCUACAAACUGUAUUAACUCAGAAACAUUUGAAAUAAUAUUGAUCAAACACCUCAACCAGUGUGUUUACAAAGGAACCAAUUGACAAUGUAAACCAUUAUUAGAUUUUGUUGGGUGAAAGUUUCCGGAGUAUCCCAGAUGUAUGCAGUUGUUACCUGGAGAAAAACCCGGUCACACCAGUUGUUAAUAGCUAAUUAUAUCUCAGUGAUUUAGAAUGAAUUGUCUCUUGAUGUUUUCCCAAUACUGACCGUCAUCUGAAAUGAUCCGCCUAGCAGCCAGAUUCCUGUGGUUGUGCAUGAGAUCAGUAUGUGUGCUGGCACUGUGGUUUCAGUGACACGAUCCAUAGACUAUACCAUAUAGACAUCUAGCUAGACCUUUAGAGGAGACACAGUGAAUGCUUUGAAAAAAAGGCAAAUGUACCUUAAUGAAAAUUACAAUCAAUAAAAACAAAUCUAUAGGCCUAUUUUUGUGUUAGCAAUUUGAUGCUGUUAUGACUGACAAGAGUGUGUGUGAAUAUUAUGACCGAAGGUGUACUCUAAUAGCUGGCUAUUUCUAAAUGUAUUCAGAAUAAAAACAAUAUAACCUAAUAAUAAAUUAUUAACCUCAGAAUAAGA